AUGAACACUAAAAAGAAUUUUGCAAAAUUUUUGGAAAAAAAAAUGUUUAUUAAUAUGCCAAAGGAGAAAAUGAGUGAAGAAUUUAGAAAUAUUAGAAAGGAGGAAAAUUUGAGUAACGUUGUAAAUACGAGUGAAAGAAGAAUUUUAUUUUAUAAAACGAAAAUAUGUCCAUGGUAUAUUAAAGGAAAAUGUGAAAGAAGAAAAACUUGUCUUUAUGCUCAUGCUCAAAAUGAAUUAAGAGAAUUACCAAAUUUAUGCAAAACCAGUUUAUGUCCUAAAUUGAAAAUAAAUGAAUUAUGUAACGAUAAGAAAUGUAAAUAUGCUCAUACUAAUAUUGAAUUAAGAGCUACAGAGAAUUUAUAUAAAACUGCAUUAUGUGAGAGUUUUAUUAAGGGCAAAUGUUUUUCUGGUCAAUUUUGUCGAUAUGCUCAUGGGCAUAAUGAAUUAAGAGAAAAUCCUAUGGAAAUAACGGAUAAGAAUAUUAUUAUUGGAACAAGUAAAAAUAAAAGUGAUAAAUUAGAUUUUGAUAAAAAGAAAAACAUGAAUAACAAUAAUAACAAUAAUAAUAAUAAUAAUAAUAAUAAUAAUAAUAAUAAUAGUAAUAGUGAUAUUUGCAAAAGAAAUGAAACAUAUUGUAUUUUUCCAAAGAAGAAGGAAAUGUAUUUUAAUAAACUUAAUAGUUUAACAGAAGAUGAUGGCAUUUAUGAUAUAACUGAAACAAUGGAUACGCAAAUGUUGAAUGAUAGUACAACAGAGAAUUCAUAUGAAUGUAACAAAAAAGCAGAAUUUGUUUUUAAAAAUGGUUGUAACAAUAAUAGUAGUAUUCCAUCACAUUUAGAGUCUUUUAUGAAACAAGAUGAAAAUUCCAAAUUUAAUGAAGAGCAAUUUUUAAAUGAUAAUUUGAAUGUUCUAGGAUUUUUAGAAGAACACAAUAAUAUAGAAAAACAUGGAAAAAAUAAUAAUACUAUAAAUGAUAUUAACAGUGCAGGUAAUUUCCCUAAUAGUAUGGAUAUGAAGUUUAUGAGAAAAAAUAAAGAUAUGAGUAAUAGUGGAUCUUCUAUUAUGAAUUUUAAUGUUGGUUCUAAUGGAAAUAUCGAUAUGAAUACACAUGCUUUAGAAGAUUAUUAUAAUUUUAAUACUAACAAUAUAGAUAAGUUAAAUUAUGAAGAUAUAUUUUUCAGUGAUAAUUCUUUUACAACUACAAAUAGUAAUGGAAAUAUAACUCAAACUAUUAACAAUUACAUGUUGAAUGAAUCGAUAAAUAAAAAUGUAGGAGGAGAUCAUUUAAAUAGUCAUAUGAAUGUAAAUACAAAUAAUGGUAGAAAUGAUAAUGGUAGAAAUGAUAAUGGUAGAAAUGAAAAAGAUAUGGAUAAUUAUGUGGGUUGGGAUAAUUUUUCUUUAUUUGGAAAAACAAAAACACUUAUUCCAGAAAACGAUUAUUUUAAAAUUUUUAAUUACGGAAUAUGUAAUAAUAUUGACAAUAAGAUAUAUGAAAAUUGUGAGGUGUAUAAAAAUGAAAUAGAUAAAGUUGAUAAAUCUUUGUUUAUUCUUUAA